UAACGAUGGUGAAGUCAUAUCUAAAGUUCGAGCAUUCGAAGACUUUCGGGCUCGUCGCGUCCGCUUCGUCGAAUGCGAUCUGGGCCCGGGACGAUGGCUUUUUGGGCUCUGCACGUCAGACAGGAUCUGGAAGGGUCAUCGUGGGCGCAAGUGAAGAGGUCCUCUGCUGGGAUAUUAAGAAAGGAGAACUAUUGAGUAGAUGGCACGAUACAGCCUGCAAGGCGCAGGUCACAGUUAUUACGCACAGCAAGACGGACGAGGAUAUUUUUGCGGUCGGUUAUGAAGAUGGCAGCAUCCGUAUCUGGGACUCGCGAACCGCGACCGUGAUCAUUUCGUUCAAUGGCCACAAGACCGCCAUCACCCAACUCGCCUUCGAUAGCGCCGGUGUUCGGCUCGCAAGUGGUUCAAAAGACACAGACAUCAUCUUGUGGGAUCUUGUAGCAGAGGUCGGACUUUUCAAAUUGCGCGGACAUACCGACCAGAUCACUUCGCUCCAUUUCCUCAUCCCCUCGAUGGAACUUCUCAACGCUGCCGGCCUCAGUGACCACGCGGGUUUUCUACUGACGACGGGGAAAGAUGCGCUAAUCAAAGUCUGGGAUUUGGCCGCACAGCACUGCAUCGAAACACAUGUUGCACAGUCUAAUGGAGAAUGCUGGAGCCUGGGUCUUUCACCCGACCAGAGCGGCUGUAUUACCGCUGGCAACGACGGGGAACUUAAGGUCUGGUCCAUCGAUGAAAGCGCUAUGCUCGAUAUUUCCAAAGAGAAAGUCGGAUCAGAUGGGCAGAAGAUACUGACAGAUCGGGGCACGUUUUACCGCAAUGGCAAGGACCGCACGAUUGGAAUCAGCUUCCAUCCACGAGCGGAUUACAUCGGAAUUCAUGGCUCGGAGAAGGCGGUCGAGAUUUGGCGCAUUCGCUCACAGACGGAGGUCCAGAAGAGUCUGGCGAGGAAGCGCAAGAGGAGAAAGGAAAAAGAAGCGCAACGCGCAGCUGACAAGGACGGAGCUGUUGCUGAGGUGGACAAUGAGAAGUCCGAGGAUGCAUCCUCUGCGCCUGUCUCGGAGGUAUUUGUAUCGCACACUAUCGUACGGACGGGUGGUAAAGUCCGGUCUUUUGACUGGAUCAAAACGAAAUCAAGUGGUGGUUUGCAACUCCUGGCUGCGACCACGAACAACCAACUUGAAGCGUACAGUGUUGUGACUGCCAACCAGAAGAACAAGGAUGAAGAGGACCCUGAAUACACCCGAAACCUGGCUAUCGAUAUUCCUGGACAUCGCACCGAUAUUAGAUCCGUCGCAUUGAGUUCGGACGAUCGGAUGCUGGCGUCUGCUUCCAACGGCAGUCUCAAGAUCUGGAACGUCCGGACCCAGAGCUGCCUGCGCACCCUGGAUUGUGGCUAUGCCCUGUGCUCUGCUUUCCUUCCAGGAGACAAGAUCGUCGUUGUCGGAAACAAGGAUGGCCAGCUUGAGGUUUUCGAUAUUGCCUCAUCGACUCUCCUGGAUACUAUUAAAGCGCACGAUGGACCGGUAUGGUCCCUUCAUGUUCACCCCGAUGGAAAGUCUUUGGUGAGCGGCAGCGCGGACAAAUCUGCGAAGUUUUGGAACUUUCAGGUUGUGCAGGAAGAGAUUCCUGGAACCAAGAGAACAACGCCCCGACUCAAGCUGGUCCACACCAGAACGUUGAAGGUUUCGGACGAUAUCCUUAACGUUCGUUUCUCACCCGACGCUCGACUGCUGGCUGUUGCUCUUCUGGACAACACGGUCAAGGUGUUUUUCGUGGACUCCCUCAAGCUCUUCCUCAACCUUUAUGGCCACAAGCUUCCUGUCCUUAGCAUGGACAUCUCCUAUGACAGCAAGCUGAUUGUCACAUGCUCAGCUGACAAGACUGCCCGUAUCUGGGGUCUGGAUUUCGGUGAUUGCCACAAGUCGUUCUUGGCUCACGAGGACAGCGUCAUGGCCGUUGCUUUCGUCCCGAACAACAAGGAAGGGAACGGCCACAACUUCUUCAGUGUCAGCAAAGAUCGGUUGAUCAAGUACUGGGACGGAGACAAGUUUGAGCACAUUCAAAAACUGGCCGGUCACCAUGGCGAAAUCUGGGCUUUGGCAAUCAGCCAAUCUGGAGAGUUCAUCGUCACUGCCAGUCAUGAUAAGAGCAUCCGUACCUGGGAGCAGACUGAUGAGCCUUUGUUCCUGGAAGAAGAGAGGGAGAAGGAGCUUGAAGAGAUGUAUGACAACAAUUUGACUGCUUCCCUCGAACGAGAUGAAGACGACCAGGACGGGGAAAAGGCCGAAGCCGUCGAUGCCGGUAAACAAACAACCGAUACCCUCAUGGCAGGUGAGAAGAUCGUGGAAGGAUUAGAUCUGGGAAUGGAAGAUUUGCAGGUCAUGCGCCAAUGGCGUGCCCUCAAGGCCAAGCAGCCGAAUGCUGCACCGCCAGCACGGAAUGCCUUGUACAUGGCGUUGGGCAACAUCUCGGCGGAGCAGCACCUCCUGAAUGUUGUCCAGAAGAUUCCUGCAGCCGCCCUCCAGGACGCUCUGCUCGUUCUGCCUUUCUCAAAGGUCUCUGCUCUCUUCACGUUUCUGAAUAUUUGGGCCAACCGCGAGUGGAACAUUCCUCUCACAUGCCGUGUGCUUUUCUUCAUCCUCAAGGUACACCACCGCCAGAUUAUCGCCAGCAAGAUGAUGAGGCCCAUGCUGGAUGGCAUCCGGUCCACGCUACGCCGGGUGCUCGCUCGCCAAAAGGACGAGAUGGGCUUCAACCUCUCCGCUCUGCAGUUUGUCGGCCAGCAGAUCCAGGAACAGGGCACAAAGGACUACAUCGAUGAAGCGGCCUACGAGGAACAGGAGAGGAGGACAGGCACGGGCAAGAAGCGGCAGUUUACGAGUGUCGCAUGAUUGCGCGGCAAGUGAUCUAUCUGUGUACAUGCAUAUAAAUGGCGUUUUAGACCUGUGUCGGCAUAUUUGGCUACAAAAAGUUUUAUAUCCUGGAGUUGUGCGUUCACGAUUGGUUCCGUCCGCUACGUGUAAAAUGAAAUAAGAGAGAUUUGUCAUGAUAUUAAACUAUGCAUC